UCACUCUCGUCCCCUACGUUAUCGCGGUCCAAGUGAUUUAUUAUCCCUUGUUAUCUGCGUCCGUGCAGCUAAUCAAGGCGCGCUGGAGUGUUGAGUGACGCCCCUAGACCCUUAUAAAUCUAAUGGAGGCGGCGGCAGCAGGCGUGUGUGCCGGUGCUGUGGUGGACAUGGAGCCGCGUCUUGACCAUGGUACACGACGACCUGAGCCUCGGAGUCUCCAUCCACCGUCACCACCACCUCUGCAGGAAUCUUCCUCCUUCACCGUCAUGCUCAGUUGGCUUAAAAAAGUGUUGGGUCUUCGGAAAUCAAGAAACAAGCACUCGUCCAAAGACAGCACCAUCUGUAAAAACAGCGACAGGGAGGAGAUCGUGGAGUGGGUGGACCAAGGGCUCCAUGAUUUCCUUGUUCAGGAAAAUGAUCGAAAAAUAGAUAAUGGAUAUCCAGUUUUUUUGUUGCCAUUAUCAACACCGUCUCCUUCACCCCCUUCUCCAGCACCACCACUCGUACGGUUCUCUCCACCGAGGCCGUUUCCUCCUCCUCAUUCCCCUUCAACAUCACCACCACCACAACUCAUACGAAACUCUCCAUUAAAACAGUCUCCUCCUCCUCCUCCUCCUCCUCCAGUAGCAGCAGCAGCAGCAUCAUCACCACCACCACCACUCAUACGAAACUCUCCAUUAAAAAAGUCCCCUCCUCCUCCAGCAUCACCACCACCAUCACCACUCAUACGAAACUGCCCACCGAAACAGUCUCCUCUUCCUCACCCAUCACUACCACCCAUACCAAACUCCCCACCUUUGCAUCCUCCUCGUCCAACACCACCACUGUUUCAAUACUCUCCAAACGCCACGCACACAGAGCAAAAUGCUUCCUUGUCUGUUGGCCAGUCUUUGAAGGUGAAGACUCUAUCAACAGAUCUGCCUCAUGCAUCACCAGAACCCCAGCCCUCAUCGCAAGGAAAGCGGCCAUCCCCACUCUCCAAUACGCAGACAAGACCUUUAUCAGGAACACAAGCUACUUCAAGAGCACCUAACACAGAGAGUCCGCUGGAGGUAUCCCAAGACAGAGACCUUUCAUUUUCUAAAGCCAGCAUUUCCAAAGAUACCCAGCAUGGUAUUCUACCCAGCAUGGUAUUCUACCCAACAAGAUACCCAGCAUGGUAUUUUGUUUGUGAGGAGGUCAAGGUUAGCCAGACUGACCGACAGGUGGAGGGCGGUGAGGUGAUAGGCCCCAAGGUUCACCAGAAGUCGUAUCCCAGCUGUUUGCUUGCCACCACGCUCACAAAUCACAUCGGAGAGCUCGUCACUGUGAAAGGGACGAGAUAUGUGCGAAUUAAGAAUAAAGAAGAGGUGCUGAUGGUGCCCUUGAAUACCGGGCCCAAAGGUGAGGCACCAUGCAGGUUGGUGUGGCAGUCUGGCAGGCCGGUACCCCUUGUUGAACUUUGCGACUCUACUUGUGUUAACAUUGACGCCUUCUUGUCACCCGGGAGUGAGAGAAUGCAAGCAAUGGUAGUCUGGCAGCAGAAAAAACCUAACACAUGUCUGCAGCUUCUUGACAACACCUACAUCUUCCUGGACAGCCGGACUCUCACUUGCCAACAGAAAUCAUUAAACAUCUCUGCUAAAAGACUAAACAUUACUUUUGACAGAAAACAAGUCUCAGCAGAAGUAAGUAAUGCUGUUGCAUUCCAAGAAAAUAAAGUGAUCUCGAUGAUUAAAUUUCUUCAGUUCUGCCCUGACGAGUUUUAUGCCACCGUGUUCAAGAUGUUAGAGGGGACGGGCCAUGGACGGGUAGUGUACGUGUGUACGUGUCUUUGGAUAGGAAGAAGGCCAACCAUAGAUCACUUGCCAAUGCUCGUAAAGAAACAGAAUCUGUAUAAGAAAAUCUCAUAUGGCCUUUAUUCCCCCUCCGACAACAUGAGAAUUCUCUAUUGUGACGUGAACGCUAGUUUAUGCCUCAUAAAAGGCGCUGCAACAAUUAAAGUGGAGGUAGAUGGGUCAUUGAAGUCUCUAGAGGCAACCCAUUUACUUAACCUUGAGCUUGACAAGCUGAAGCAACAUGCUCCGGUGCGGGUUAGUGCCCACGUCAUGAAGGAGGUGUGUGGUGGAAGGGAGAAGUGGUCAGCUGUCAUGAUAUACCUUCCCAACUCGACAGGUACUGAUACAUCCCCAACAUGGGUUGCAGCAGGGCACAAUGCUCCGAACACCAACGAGGGCUGUGCUCUACAAAACACCAGUGGUUCACCCCCACAGAAAGACAACGUCACAAGUAGAGAAGGAGCCAGUAUUUCACCCAUACAGGGAACUAGCAUUCUAGCUGCACUAAAUACCAGCGUACCAGCUGAACACAAGGUUAGUGUUCAGUCUUUAUCAAAACCAACUAUUCCAACUGGAAAAACACAACUGAAGAGUGCCAGCCUUAGUCAACUUUCUUUCUCAACCAAUGCACAGGAAGAAAAUGCGUGGAGCUCGGUGCUAAAGAGCAAGUACUUGACCUGCUCAGUGAUGGCAUCGAAACCCAACGCUGCAGUGGUAGUAGGUAAUGGAAAAAUAAUCCUGGUGCUCAGAAGUAAUCUUUUUAUCAAUCAGGUACAGUUGCCUUCAUCAGCAAAUGUUGAGGCUUUGCUCAAGAAGUACAAAAACUUGGGCGUUAUAUUCACAGAAUCAAGAGAGGAGUUCACAAAAUUGGAUAUCACCAUGAAGCAUGUGGCACUUGUUGCCUGGGCAGGAAAGAAACCCCUCAACGCCGAUGCCAUUGCUCAACAGCGGCUAUCUGCAAUGAAAGCGGCACCGGUCCCUAACCGAAGUCCAACUCCACGUGCUGUUCUCCAUGCUGCUUUAAAAGUGGAAGCCAGUUGCUGGAUUAAGACAGUGCAAAACAAGAGAGUGACAUUAUUAGUCCGCAGCAAGCAUCUCCCGAAGAGCUGCGGCAUUGCUCUCACUAAGCUUGGCAACAUGUACCAGGACGGGACGCCGAUAACGCUGGCUUCGGCGAUGAAGUCAAAAGGACAGUUUUGGCAUUGUGAGCUUCGUAUAGAAGAUGGCGGAAAGCAACUGACGGUUCCUUUGGCCUGGCGCGGCAAGAAACCAGCAACUGACGCCUUGCCGGGGACCUCUACAAGCCAGCCUCGCCAGGCACUCAGCACUGGCGAUUUGAGUGACAUCCCCAAUAGACACCUGUUGACGCCGCCCCUUUCAUCUUGUAAGGUGAUAAUGGGCGAGGUGGCCGAGGUGUUGCCUGAAGGAGGCCGUGUGAAGGUGGAAGACGGUCGUCAUUUCACCUUUUCCAUCGACGCCUGCUUCCUCUAUGACCUGUGUCUCCAGCAGAUGAGGGCCCGGGAGGUGCUGGUGGUCGGUAUGAAGGUGGAGAUUGAGGUGACGUGUUCCGGCGGCAGCGAGACAGUGCGACGAGUGUGGCUGGCAGGUCGCGGCGCUGCCCCUACCCUCUCCUCCUUCCUCCAGCCCAAACUAGACUCGUGGUGCAGCGUGAACGGCGUCUCCCCUGCCACGCAGCGGAGCCUGAUGAAGGAAGCCGAGCUGCUCUCCCCGACCCUUUUCCCCACCGCGGCCAGUGCUGAGGCCACCACGAUCGUCGACAUUACUGCCUAAUGGCGUGACUGCCUCAGACGUGGGCAGGGUGCACCCUGGUCAGUAUUCCGUCCUGGUUAGCCCAGCAGACGAGGCGAACUGGAAAAAAAAAGUGGUGGAAGUGGUGGUGGUCAGUUCUCUCCCUCGCAGCGGGUCGACACUUCUGGCUCAGGUCAUCGCUGCCGCCAACAACUCCGUGCUGUUCUUUGAGCCGCUCGCCCGCUACCAAAAGGUGCCUUGCUUCAAAAAUGGCUCCUGCAUCACUGACUUCGUGUCAAGUCUUUUCUACUGUACAUUUGACGAUAAGUUUGAUGUUUGGCUGAAGGGAAAAGGCCUUUUUAUCGGAUACUACCACCCUUCCGUGGACCGAUGCUUUCAGUGGCCCAGGGAGGGCAGCAGUACCUGCAGGCGGCGGCUUGACCUGAGGGCUCUGUGUCGUGGCGCCAGUGUCAAGGUGGUCAAGGUGAUAAGGUCAAGGCUAGCAUGGCUGGCGGCGCUUCUAAACAGGUCUAACGUUAAGAUAAUCUACCUCACACGUGACCCUCGAGCCUCCCUGGCGUCGAUCAACAGGAUGGGAUGGGACAGCCUUCCUUCCCGCCGAUGCGCCGCCCUCACCGCUGAUCUCGACGCAUACACCUCCUUGCGAGUCAGUCAUCCCGACAGGAUCACUCGCUUGAGUCUGGAGGAAUUCUCCCGUAAUCCUAUCCACACGACACAAAGAAUUUUCGAUUUCCUCCUCGGCAGUUCGGUGCUUAAUGACUCGGUCCGAAGGUUCCUGUGGGAGCACACCAACACUUCCCGUUCCUGGCCCAAUGACGGCAACAUGGACACACACCGCAGCAGUAUGCGGGAAGUGGAGGCGUGGCGGGGGAGCGUGACGCGGAGCCAGCUGCGGGAGGUGGAGGCUGAGCCAGCCUGCCGGGCUGCCAUCACGCGCCUCGGCCACGCACUCUUCAACACUCUAGAGAACGCGAGAAACUCCAGCAUAAGUCUUCACUUGAAGACAACAACAGUGCCAAAUGUUUAGUUACUUUUUUGGUGAUGUGAUUAUUGUCAUUAUUAUUAUCGUGGUGUAUAAGAACUGUUUGUAAGUGUACAUUCACAGCAACAGAAGGAUGUGAAUCACCCGCCUGCUUACCAAAGAGUUUUCAUUUUACUGCCUGUAUGAAUGUUCUUUAUAAUUGUACUUCAUUGAAUAUGAAAAGUUAUAUUUAUGCUCAGUGAUGAAGACAAUUGUUAUUUUGAAGCAGCAAAGUCAUGUGCUUAAGAGAGCUUUGUCUAUUACCUGAUUUGUUCGUGUAAGAUUUCAGUCUUUUACAAUGUUGCAUUUUUAUUUGUUUCGUAUAUGGCGGGUAGUGACAUCAAGGAAACGUUACUCUAGAAUGUCAGCAGUGAUAUCUUCUAGAUUUCUCGAAGCGAACUGUGAUAAUUAUCCAGUAACAUUUUGUAUCCUUUUUUAAUAAAGGUAAGUGUUACGAG